UAACAAAAGAGUAUUUGUUUGAUGUCGAGGACUGAAGAGGGUGGAUAACCUCAAUGAACAUCAAUUCUGCGAUUCUCUGAAGAUACUUGUAUCUAUUAAAAGUUCUAACAAAUAUGAUUAUGGAUUCGCUAGACGAAUAUUUGGAAACUGUGGCUGGUUAUAUAUUCGAUAACGAUAAACUGGUUACAUAUAAAUGGUUGAGCAAAGAAUUGGAAGUUCAUGUUAAUAUUGCAAAGCAGAUUUUAUGGGCAUUCUGGCAAAGAUAUAAAGAAGAGAAAAGUUUUGAAUGCUCUUUCUUGUUGAUGGGUGUUUUGCACGACAGUGGUAUGCGUGUUGAAGUUUUAAAGGAGAAAGAUUUAUCGAGAGGAAAAGAAAAGUUUGCCAAAAUUGUAUCUGAACAUGUUUAUAGUCUACAAAAAGUACUUCCUGAGGUACAGAUACUUGGACUUGCAGAAAAUGGAAGUAUCAAACACAGUGCAAUCAAGUGUUUGGAAUAUAACGUGCGUAAUGACAAGGAAAUGCAUAUGCUACGUUGGGGUGCUGUAUCAACAGAAGUACAGCUUAUUACACAAGAAAAAGUAGAGUCGCCACCUAAACCUACCAAUGAAGCAAUACAGAAAAGUCCAGAAAAGAAAUCAGUUGGUACAAAGAAAAGUAUUCAGAAAAAAGGUUUCGAUAAUCUGUUUGGAAAAACUGGCAAUAAGCAAAAAAGUCCCUCAUCCACAUCAUCUAGUACAGAAAAAAUGGAAGAGAAUGCUUCUAGCCAAAUAAAACUAAAAUCAUCUAAGGCAACUAUGCUUGAAUCACCGAAAAAGCUUGCAAAGAAAGGUGGACUUGAUGUCUUUUUACAGCAAGGUAAAAAUUCAGUAAAAGUUACAAAUCCUGUACCUUUGGAAAUAAAGGAAAGUACAAAUUCCACGACAAACGAAAACACUGAGAAGAAAAUUACCCUUGAAAAUAACAAUAAGCAAAAGAAAAAUAAAUUUAAUACGCGUGGAAAGAAACGCAAUCGAAGCAAAGAAGUUACCGCUGGUGUAAAGAAACGGAAGCGCAUUACGAUAGAGAGCGAUUCCAGCGAUACCGAAUUGUCAGAUGAAGAACAAGAAGAGGAAGAAGAACUGCCCUCAGCUGAAAAAACUUCUCCUGUAAAGGCACGUUCUCCUUCUCCACCAAAAAUCAAACUUGAAGGUGGAAAACGCAAGGUCUUAAAGUUGGUAGAUAAAACAUUUGAAGAAGAUGGAUAUUUUGUAACAAAAAAAGUACAUGUUUACGAAAGUUGUUCUGAAGAUGAACCAGAAGUUACAGAAGCAAAGAAGUCCGUUGCACCCGAGUUACAUCCAGAAAAAAAAGGGAAGAAGACUAACACUAAACAAACGAAUUUAAUGAACUAUUUUAGAAAAUCAUAGCAUACUUUAUUAUCAUUUAUAACUCAUAGAAUAUAAUUAUUGCGACAUUUUGUAGUAUUGGUAUAUCAGUGUACAAACUAUGAAUAAAAGUUC